AUGACCGACAAGGCAUCAAAAACGUCAACUAAACAAUCAACCAAAAACCAGAAGCUCACUACGACAACUAGCUCUAAUGGAAUGGAUAAGAUAAACACCACCGUUCUCAAGACAUCAAUCGAGGGCAUUCCUCUUUUGACUACGGACAACUACACUCACUGGAGACGUCGGGUAAUCAAUCUUCUCGACCUAAUUGAAUUAAAGGAAAACAUUACUGUCGCCACCGGUGUUGUGUCUGACGCGGACAACAAAUUGCUCAAAACGAUCUUCGUUUCUAAACUCGACUCGGCUGUUCAAGCAAACGUAGUCAACUCCACCAAUGAAGACAAUGCUAAGCUCAUCUGGGAAUCAAUCACCCAAUUCUUCGCUUCCAAUCAAUCCUCCAACAAGGCUCGAGUUUUCAGAUCGUUUCUCCAAACUCCGUACACUCCGAAUGUGUCAGCCUGCUAG